AUGCUAUUCUGUAUGAAGAUACCAUCGGCCAUUAUGUUAUGGAUACUACCGUUACUGCUGAUCCCUUUGUGUUCUGCGAACAGUAAAAACAGCAGCAACAAGGUGAGUUUGAUUUUUUAAAUUUCAGAUGAUCGAGAGUUUAUUUGAUAUCAGUGAUUAAUCGAGAAAGUUAAUGGUCGUUGAUUGCAUUAUUCAUUUGCUAGAAAAAAUGGAAUAAAAUGGAAUGGAAUCAAUAAAAGUAUGAGUCAGAAUGAUUGUCCCAACAUCUGGCGCCGUUUUCAAUUCCGUCCCGUUUUUUGAUAUCUAUCCAUGUUUUAUGCUUCACUUGUAAUUAAUAUCUGAAUAAUACAAAUUAAUGGUAGAAUUUAUAAUCCAAAUGGAUAGUCCCCUAGUGAAGUAAUGUAAAUGAACAGGAAAUGAAUAGUUGGACAACCGAUAAAAUGAUCAUUAGCAGUGAACUUGAAUAACUGAACAAACUGGAUGGACUUGAUAUAUAUAAAUGAAUGAAUCAAGCAGUGAGAGUCAUGUAGAGUGUCAGCGGCCAAAAGUAGACUCCUUCACGCGUCUUGUGUUACUGUACUUAGCUUACAUCUGCUUUUAUUUAUCUAUUAUUAAUAUUAUUAUUAAUAUUAUUAAUUAAUAUUAAUUGUCAAUUAUUUAAUUACUUAUUCUUCAAAGGCCAUUUAAGAAACAAACAUCCCCGAGAAGUGCAUUAACUUUAAAUCAAAGAGAAUGAAUAAUGUAUUGACCUCUUUCUCUCUUUUUCUUUUCAUUUCUGCCCUUAAUUUCCUCAACAGAAUUCACAACAUGGCUCUUGUGGUUACUCUGCGUGCUUCUGCGCACCGAGGAUACCGGGCAUCCCAGGAAGCCCGGGACCCGCGGGACCGGCUGGUACACCGGGAUCACCCGGAAACAACGGACCCGAAGGACCUAUGGGUCCACGAGGAGUCGAAGGCGAUGAAGGACCCCGUGGAAAACAAGGACUUCCAGGCCUCAGGGGAGGUACAGGUUCAACUGGUCCAGCAGGCCCAAGCGGAAGCAAGGGUGAAGCAGGUCCCCCUGGCCCCAAGGGACCACAAGGCCUCUCGGGUAAAGCUGGAAAGAAGGGUGAUACAGGUCCUCCUGGAAGUCAAGGUCCCUCAGGCCCCAAGGAGGCUUCAGGGUCUUUUGCACGUAAUUGGAAACAGUGCGUUUUUAAGAAUCUGGCAGACUCCAGGGACUCAGGAUUGGUCAAGGUAAAAGCUAAGUUGGCCUCAGAAUAAAAAGUUCGUCAGUACUUGGGUUUUAUUUAAAAAGAACAAAUUUCAUUUGAAGGUCUUGUUCGCGCAAAUUUGCUUGGAUUAGAACCAGUGGCCCUUGUGGCUCCGAUCAUUUCUUUAAUUAUUUAUGACUUCCAAAAAUAUCACAGUUUUAUCGAGUAAAAUCUUGCCAAUCAAAUGAUUUUACAUAGAAGCACUCCUCGGCAGUUCUGAAUGGUAAUACCGUGGGAUUUUGUUCACAAAUUAAAGUGUUAGUUUAACCCACCUUGUACCCACUGUACCAAACGAAAGCGUUGUUGAAGAGGUAUAAUUCAGUGCCGGGUCCAGACCUUCAGAUAAGGGGGGGGGGUGGGGGAAGGGGGCGGAGGACGGUCUCCAAAAAUACUUUUUCUGCCCUUGGGGCCUCUAUUUUUGGAGGGAGGAGGGGAGGACGGAUUACGCGGUACCCUCCCCUGGAUCCGCCACUAUAAUUUGAAUCGUCGUAACUUAAGAUAUCCAUAGACUCUAAAGUUAGUCAGAGCUGUCUCUCUGUGGGUAAAAAAAUUAAAAGGUUACUCUGAUAAUCUUGAAUUUUGUUGGUCUUUCCUUUCAACAGGAAUGCAUUUUCAAGAAGACGUCGGACAACACAAGUCUGCGUGUCUACUGGAGUGGCCUACUCCGCAUCUAUAACUGCGACCACUGUUGCAGGCGAUGGUAUUUCACUUUUAAUGGCGCAGAGUGCUCGGCUCCAGAAGCUAUUGACGCUAUAGUUUACAUGAGAUAUGGAAGUGGCAGCAGACUAAAAAAUUUGUACCGCCCACGUCACGUCGAGGGAGUUUGCGAUAAAAUCCACAAAGGCACUGUGCGCGUGGGAUUCUGGGUCGGCAACUGCAACAGUUACGGUUCUGCUGAUGCAGUCACUGGAUGGAACUCGGUGUCCCGGAUGUACGUGGAAGAAACACCUCCACCACAAGCUUAA